AUGGCUUCUACCGUAAGCAUCCCUUUUUUUUCCUAAUUUUAAUCAAGAACUUUCACGAUUCCAGGCUUCAAUCUUCCUGUGCACUCUCGCUGUUGCCACAGCGCUUCCGAUUUCAGGACCGAUGAGUCUGAACGGCAUGUCCGGUCAGAACGGACUAUCAGGACAAUCUGGAAUGUUCGGAUCUAGUCUUGGACUUCCCGGAAGUCUCAACGGAAACUUCUGGGGCCAACAGCAGAACCGCUUCCCAGGAAACAGUCCCUACGGCCUGUCCAGCUACGAAAUCGCUUCGAUGAUCUCCCAGAACCCUGCCGGUAGGACCCAAGUCUUUUUCUGGUACUGAAUGAGAAGAUUUCAGUCCUGCAGUACAUUCUGUCGGCUCUGCAGCAGACCUCGGCCAGAACUCUCUUGGCUGAGAUUCUCAGCCAGUCGCAGAACAUGGGAGGACUUCAGGGACUUGGAGGCUCCAACAACGGUUUCUCCGGUCUUGGAGGAUUCCAAGGAAUGGGCGGCAACUCUGGAUUCUUCCCGGGAAUGAAUGGAUUCCAAGGCAUGAACGGUCUCCAAGGAAUGAACGGUCUCCAAGGAAUGAACGGUCUCCAAGGAAUGAACGGCCUCCAAGGCAUGAAUGGAUUCUCUGGAGCCAACAGCUUCCCUGGAAUGGGAGGAUUCUCCGGAAUGAACGGAAUGUCCGGAUUCCCUGGCUUCAGCAGCAUGCAAUCGAUGUCCAAGAAGUAA